ACGAGCGAAUAACGGCGCCGAGUCCGCCGAAUUCUCGUGAAUUAAGGAGGGAGAGAGAGAUCAGAUAGUGACAUAUGGCUGCUUUACUCGGCGACGAUGGACGGGGCUAUGAGCUGGCCCGGAAGCUGGAAAGCCUCGGCGUUUGGCGUUCUUGGCUCGGCGACUCACUUUACCCCCCUUUCGCUCGCUUCCUCUCUACGCCCACCACAUGGGAAGCCUUCAUGCGAACCGACGAUUCCAAGACUAAGGCUCAAAUUCAGCUCCAGCUCCGUGUUCGAGCUCUUCUCUUCGAUAAAGCUUCAAUCGCUCUCUACCUUCGCUCUGAUCAAUCUUCUUCGUCUUCGUCGUCUCUGGUUUCUAAGCUAAACCCUAAUUAUUUGCAAUUGCAUGGUGAUGAUCUGUAUUUCACUCUGGAGAAUUCUUCUCAAGAUGUUGCUGCUACAAACGCUACGUCAUCAAAGGUUCAACCCAAGUCAAAUUUUGGUGUUGGAUCAAGGUACAGUGAAAAAGAAACUGAUUUUGCAUCGCAGCAGUUUAAGGUUGAAGAUUUACCGACAAGUUGGUAUGACCAAUUCUUUGAGAAAUUCAAAGCCAGUAAAUCAUACAAGAUGUCAUUUGGGGAUAGGGAAGCAGAAAAACGAACACCAGAGAUGAUGGCUGUUUAUCUUAGAGUUCUUGAGAAUCAUAAGAGGAAGAGGGCCGCUUUUAGGGGAGAUCAGAGUUUUGGUUUUGGCAUGUUGGAUGAUGGACCAACCAAGCAAUCAAACUUGGUUUUGGAUGGCAGUAGUGUACUUGAUCAAGAGACAUCUUUUUUCCCUGAAAUAAUGUUUUCUUUGAAUUGUGUCCCUGACAGUGCAAUAUUAAAGUCAAGCCAAGGGGAAGAAACCCAGAGAGUGGAGUUUAAAGGGGUUCUGGAUACUUUACCUCAGAUAAUGACAAAGAGUCCUAUUAUGAUUGAGAGGCUUGGCAUCAGACCUGAGUACAUGGAACAAGGAGGAAAUCAAAGCCGUGGAAAGAAUGGGUUUGAGGGGAGCAGGAAAGUUCUUGGUGCAGAGCAAGCAUCAAAAUUGUCAGAAAAAGUUGUAGCUCAGUUACUAACAAAUGUUGGAUUCGAAGCUUCUUUAGAAGUUCCGUUAGAAGUUCUGGCUCAAUUGCUGAGUUGCCAUAUUGGUAAAUUGGGGCGUAUCUUAAAACUCCUUUCUGAUAGUUAUAGAAAACAGUGUUCGGCCAUUGAGCUACUGAAGAUGUUCCUUCAAACAGCUGGGCAUGGUAAUCUAGGAGCCUUGGCUGAGCUUGUAAAGGAUAACAGUAGGAAUAUUACCCAUCAAACUCCUCAGCAACAACAAGGAUUUCAGGCACAGUUGCAACAGCCUCAGCACCAAGCUCCGAUUCGGCAGCCCCAGCAGAUCCUAAGGCAAAUGCAUCCUCAGAUGCCGCAGAUGAUUAAUCCUCAAAAUGUGUCAAUACAGCAACAGCAGCAGCAGCAAUGGGAAAGAAUGCGUAGACGCCAGCAAUCAACCCCUCGCCCUGGUGGUAUGGGUGCAAACAUGAAUGUGAACAGCAUGAAUAUUGAGAAGGACAGGCCACUGGUUGAAGUAAAGCUCGAAAAUCCUAGUGAAUUUCCAAUAGAUAAUACAAGUAAUGCUAUUAAUGCAAUGAGUGCCAGAAAUAGCCAGUUACUUCAAAUGCAGCAGCUUCGUCAGCAACAAUUUGCAGCAAUGCAAGCUAGCCAUUCUCAAAGUGGAAACCAGUUUAGGCCAAUGGCUAAUCCUCAAAUUCCUCAAGUUCACUCACCGAAUAUGGGAAUGGUUAGGGCACCACCGGUGAAGGUUGAAGGUUUUCAGGAGUUGAUGGGCGGGGAUCCUUCAAUGAAGCAUGAUUCUGAAGAAAAUAAGCUUACUUCCCCAAAGUAGUAGUAUGAUAUGCACCAAACAACAAAUUCAAUUAGGCGCAAGAGUUAUGUAUCUGUAGCUUAUAUGUAAUGUUUGUACUGUACCAUACUUUGUUCCGCAUUACAUAACAAUUUAUAUAGAAAGAGAUAUUUAUAUAACAAUUUAUAUAGAAAGAGAUACAUGCUGUAUGUAUAUCUUCUUACUUUUAACUGUAGAAAUUAUGUGGACAGAAGCACAGUAGAGAUAUUGUGACGACUAUAGAACUGUUGGAUAUCAAUGUCUACUAA